UGGGAGUAAAACUGCUUGAGCGUGGAGUAACAGGAACAACAGCUGCAGCUACCCGACCAGGGAACGAGCUCCGCUGCAAUAACUCGCGUGAUACCACAAACGGGCGUCACGCACUUUAUCCGGUUAAUUUACAUACAUGACACCGCCCAGGGGACGAACAUGAUAAUCUACCAUCGGCUGAAGCCUAACCGUGCGGAGAGGGAGAAGAAAACAGAUGAAGAAAAGUUUGUACGGAAGAGUGCAGAUUUAAACCAAGAGAAGUGAUUCGACGGAGACGAACAGGCGCUUGUUGGGCUUUUUGCCCUACUUUUGGAUAACAAUAUGGACGCUUUGAAAUCCGCUGGAAGGGCAAUUAUACGGAGUCCCAGUAUCGCUAAACAGUCAUGGGGUUCGGGGAGACAUAAAAAGCUUCCAGAGAACUGGACGGACACAAGAGAGACCCUGCUGGAGGGCAUGGUGUUCCAUCUCAAGUACCUCGGGGUCACAAUGGUUGAGCAGCCUAAAGGUGAGGAGCUGUCGGCAGCAGCUGUCAAGAGGAUAGUGGCUACGGCCAAAGCCAGUGGAAAAAAACUCCAGAAAGUCACGUUAACCGUCUCUCCUCGUGGGAUCAUCCUUUACGACAGUGCCUCGAACCAGCUGAUAGAAAAUAUCUCCAUAUACAGAAUAUCAUACUGCACUGCAGACAAGAUGCACGACAAAGUGUUUGCCUACAUCGUCCAGAGCCAACACAACGAGACUCUAGAGUGCCAUGCCUUUCUCUGCUCCAAGAGAAAAAUGGCCCAGGCGGUAACCUUAACGGUGGCUCAAGCUUUCAGAGUGGCGUUUGAGUUCUGGCAGGCUGCCAAAGAAGAGAAAGAGAAGCGAGUAAAAACAGGUUCAGAUGGGGAAGGAGCCAGCAACUCUCAGUCGGACAGCUCGGCCAGUCUGGGCAGCCUGAAGGGAGGAGAUGUAGCCACAGGGACUCUUCUGGAUUUAGCAGAGGGAGCCAACGCAGCGCAGGUCCACUCAGGAACAAAGCGGACUGAAUCGGAUCCCUUUACGGUGCAUAAUCACACAGCAGAGAACAACAAUACCGUAUGGGAGUUGGAGGACGGUCUGGAUGAGGCUUUUUCAAGCCGCAGUCUGGAUAGCUUUGAAUCCUACUCAGACUCGCUGAGUCUCGCACUAACCCCCAGGUCCUGGACAUUGGGGUAAACCCUCAGGACUUCAACGCUGAAGAGUGCCUGUCCCCAGGCAAAUGGGACCAAGACGAGACAGACUUGACUGCACAAAAAGACACUUUUGGGUUCUAAUGUGAAGCCUCUGCCAAGAAAGGAAACCAGGGAAAGAUGAGGAGAAACUGUAGUAAAACAAAGAGACACCAGCAAGGUUUCCCACCGUCUCCCUGCUGCUGCAUCCACUCGCUGCUGCUGUCCGGUGGCUCUUUGAUGCAACUGCGCCCACAAAACCAGCGACGAACACGAGCAGUCUGCUCACCAAACUGGCCAAAGCAAUACAAACCACUUUCUCCCUUUUCUAUGAAAAACAUGCAGUCACUUCAUAUUUGUUACUCUCAGUGUAUUCUUAUUGUGUUCUGUUAUCUGUUUACCUGCUCAUUACAGUAUAUACAUGUACAGAUAUGAGAGCUAUGAUGCGAGCUGAGUUUGGAUAAAAGUGAGGUAAAGAGUGCUUUUUAUUUUAUUUACUAAGCGAUGGAGAGAAAAACUCACUGGUGAAGGCAGCCGAUUCACCAUUUCUGUAACAGGUCAGUUACUACCUAUAUGCUUCAAGACUUCAGCCUUUUUUGGGGGCAUCAAAAGCUUUAAAAAUGUGUGUAUAAGUGUUGUUCAGAGUCUUUAGAGGAGAACAAAGUGACAAUCCUAUUUUUCUUUUGAUUGCAAAAUCUAUUUUUGCACUCAGCGUUCAUCCGUCUGUAAAAGCACACAUUUCAUGUAAGGGAAUUUAACUUCAAUAUGCAUCUAACUCUUUUAUGCUUUCAUACAGUGCCUCUAUUCAUUCUUCCUCUUGAACCCAGAAAAAAGUUUUACAACUUUGCGUUAAUAAAUCCAAACUUGAAUUGUUUGACGUAAUGAUGACAGUGUUGUUUCCUAAGAUUUAUGGAAAGCUGGUCAUCAUUCACUUUUCAGCUUUAGGAUGAGAUUUGGGUGAAAACUGGAGGAAAUGUGAGUGUGUUUAACAUUAAGCCUCAUUCAUCAGCUGUUGUAAAACAGAUAAAUGGGUCAAGAGGAUGGACGUGUUAGAAAGGCACUCUACACAACGUAUGUUAAUUUAUGUUACAGUGACUUUUUCUAGGGACUGUUUCCAGUGUUACUUUUGGCAUUUGUUUAUAUAUUAAUUUAAUUUACAUAAAUUUUAUUAAAAAUCUACUUGUG